CUGGUUGCAAACACGCUCAGUUUGUCCUGAGACGCGCGUGCGAGCAGAUGUGAAACUCCGGAGCUUGCCUACAAAGCAACGUGCUUCAGUUUUGGUGUUUUAGACGUGACAGUUUUUGACAGAUUUUUCGCACACAAGGGACUAAACCAAACCACUUCGGACUGUCUUAAGGAACGGGACGUGCAAUGGGGUGUUUGGAGGUCGUCUGAGCGGCCACAUUUCUGAUUAUGCACAGCACGGACAAUGGCUCGGAGUCCGGUGGGGAGCAAGCGGCGAACGGUAGAGCGGCGGUGGCGGUGGCGGGCCCAACACCAGUUCCGGUGUCAGUUUCGACGGCCGCCAACAGCACCGCCACAGGUGCCGGAGUCCGGGAAUGCGCCGGAUGCGGAAAAAGGAUCACGGAGAGGUUCCUGCUCAAGGCUCUGGACCUCUACUGGCACGAGGACUGCCUCAAGUGCGGCUGCUGCGACUGCAGGCUCGGAGAGGUCGGGUCCACGCUCUACACCAAAGCCAAUCUCAUACUCUGCAAGAGGGAUUACCUCAGGCUAUUUGGUACGACGGGAUACUGUGCGGCUUGCAACAAAGUAAUUCCAGCAUUUGAAAUGGUAAUGAGGGCAAAAAGCAACGUUUAUCAUUUAGAAUGUUUCGCUUGUCAGCAAUGUAAUCACAGGUUUUGCGUAGGCGACCGGUUUUACUUGUGUGACAAUAAGAUAUUGUGCGAAUACGACUACGAAGAACGACUGGUAUUCGCCAAUAUGACCUACAACCCUAGCAGCUUAGCCCAUAUCAGAAGGCAAGUCAGUAACUUACAGCCAGCGGGCGACAAUCUAAACGGUUUGGGUGAAGGUAGACUUCUGACGAGCCCAUCCUGUUACAGCGAGAAGAACUCGGACAUGGUCCUGGCCGGCCCACAGCGACAGCCCAUUAGCACCAACAACCACCGGGAUGACGGCUCCAGCGGGUACGGCAGCCCCGACUCGGAGACCUUCGAGCCCCCUCCACCGCAUCAGUGACACCGAGUCAAAAGAAACUCUGCGAAUAAGAGUGCAGUGCAGUGCUCCGGAGGAAAAUCUCAUACGUGCUAGUCUACUUGCCAAAAACUACACAAAUACACACGGAUUUUGUUUUAUUAUCAUUGUGUUACUGUUGUUUUGUUCUUAUCACACUCUUGCAUAGUAUACGACGCUGGCACCUUCACGAAGGCACGAAAUUCUCCAUCCAUUGUGCUUCUAGUCAAUCUCUUAUUUGUGUGGCAACCCAUUUUAGUUUAGUGCCAAUACUCACAAAUUGAAUAUUACGUUAAGAUAUCAUAAAUGUAUACGACGUGUUUAGACUUAUUUUACUAGUUUUAGUUACGGUUAAACCUUUGGAAGGUGCCAUAAUUUACUACUCUCAGCCAAUUGCUCCGGAAUUAUGGCCAUAUUAAUUGUAAAUUAAUAUUAUUUAUUAGUGCAAUUCUGGCGGGAGUAUUCUCUUUGAAAUAUGUAUACUGAUUUGUGGCCUGUUGAGAUCACUCAGGUGUCAUAUAAUUUCCAAGAUGCAUGUCUAUCUGCCCUCAAAGGGUCAUGUAUAUAUUGAAAAAGAUAAGGAAAUAAACACUUUUGUGAUUCACUUGUAUAAUUUGUAAAGAAAAAUCAUAGGACUUCCUUAUUAUGUAUGAUUGUGUGACAUGGUGAUCCUUUCCGCGCUAAGGAAUCCAAACAUCGUUUCUUAUUUUGUCAUGUGAUAUAACGAAAUUGAUUCGUAGAUGUAGUUUCUUACGACAGAAGGCUUCUUUUUUAUACAUAUCUUACGCUGUUUAUGUUUAAUAUAUUUUUUAUAUAAGUUAGUCUCUAUGCUAUUUAUGUGGGAGCAUUAUACGAUUUUUGCAUUAUUGUUUUCUUGUACGUUACUGAUCUUGUAUAUAAUAGUUAUUAUUGAAUAAAUGUUGUCUUUUCGUUAA